UUCAGGAAGAACCAAAUUAAUUAAUUGCUUGAAAUGACAGAAAAAAAAAAAAACACGCCAAAAACUGCUCGGGUGCAAUGGGUAGAGAAAUACCGACCUGCACAGCUGGACGAAUUGAUAUCUCAUGAAGAAAUAAUAUCGACCAGUAAAUAUAAACGAAAUUUUGUGUAUCACCAACCUAGCAAAACUAGCGCAAUAUUAGCAUGUGCCAAACAAUUAUACACACCGGCCCAAUUUAAGUCAAUGGUGUUAGAGUUAAAUGCUUCAGAUGAUCGUUGUAUCGGUAUUGUUGGAGGGCAGAUAUUAAAUUUUGCCUCAACUCGAACCAUAUUCAGCGGAACUUUCAAAUUAAUUAUACUGGAUGAAGCCGACGCCAUGACAAAUGAUGCACAGGACGCUCUCAGGCGUAUCAUUGAACGAUAUACGAUGUUAGGUUGUUUGCAAUUACUUAACCGGUUGAGUCCUAAGCAGCGCGAUCGCACUGUUCAGAUUUUAUGUCGAGAAAACUUAGGCAGUAUUGAAAAACACUGUCGAAGAAUCCCAAGCGGCGGUUAAGUAAAAUAAUUCCCGCCGUGCAAUCUAGAUGCACCAACUUUCGAUUUGCUCCAUUAUCACAGGAAAAGAUAUUUCCGAGAUUAGAUAAGAUAAUUAAAGAGGAAAAGUGUGUUUUAAAAUAUGUAUAUUAUGGAAGUACCAAUAUCGUUUGACUCCUUAGAGUUAAUGUAACUGAAAAUGGCAAAAAGGCUUUAAUUACCUUAUGGAAGGGUGAUAUGCGUAAAGCACUUAAUGUUUACAAAGUACCAGUUCUACAGUCGAUGAAGACAGCGUUUAUAUAUGUGUAGGUCAUCCAUUGCGCCGCGAUAUCGAAAAAAUAUUGGAAACCCGGCCAAAGGUUUUGCACAGGCUUACGAUGGUAAAAAACGACAAAUAAUUUAGGAAAAAAUUACUACGUCCUUUUCGUAAUUCUUUGAAUAUACAAACCAUCAAAUCCGUUGAGGGUUUAGCUUUAGAGGAUAUAUUUACCGAAUUACAUUUGUUUGUCAUGAGUAAGUUUGUCCCUCGCUCAGAAUAUCUCAUAUUUACAUGAAUUAUAUAUGAAUUCUGUUAGUAUUUGUUUUUAGUCGAAAUCUCCAUGAGUGUUAUGAAUAAUUUAAUUAUUAAAAUAGCUGCUAUUGAAGAGCGCUUAGCAAAAGGCUGUACAGAAGCAUCAUAACUUACCGCUUUAGCAGAUU